UUGAAAACAACCAUUAUUGUGUUGAUUUACCUUUUAAGGAUGAUGAUGUCAUAAUGCCAAACAAUCGAUGCAUUGCUGAACAACGAGUCAUGAGUUUGAAAAGAAAGUUUCAGAGGAACAAAGAGUAUCAUCAGGAGUAUGUGCACUUCCUUAAUGAUGUUAUUAAAAGUGGCUAUGCGGAGCAGGUGCCUCAACAGCAACUGAACGGAACUGAAGGUAAAAUCUGGUACAUACCACAUCAUGGGGUGUAUCAUCCCAAGAAGAAAACCCUGAGAGUUGUAUUCGACUGUGGAGCAAGUUUCAAAGGCACAUCUUUGAACAGCCAGCUGUUACAAGGUCCUGACCUCACAAAUUCCCUCUUUGGUGUUCUUCUGAGAUUUAGGCAAGAAGCAGUUGCCAUCAUGACUGAUGUUCAAGCUAUGUUUCACCAAGUCCAAGUUUCUCAGAAACAUGUUGAUUUUCUCCGAUUUUUGUGGUGGCAUAAUGGAAAUGUAAUGCAACCGUUGGUGGACUUCAGAAUGAAAGUUCAUAUAUUUGGAGCAACUUCAUCACCGAGCUGCGCCAAUUAUGCGUUAAAGAGAGUUGCUGAUGACAACACGGCUCAUUACAGUGACAAAGUGUUACAGACCAUCAAACAAAAUUUUUACGUGGACGAUUGUUUAAAGUCUGUGUCUUCAGAAGAGGAAGCUUUGCAAAUGGUACAAGAUCUCACUGCUGCAUGUGCCAAAGGAGGCUUUCGGCUCUCAAAGUGGAUGAGCAACAGUCGAGCAGUUCUUGCCAGCAUCCCUGAAGAAAAUCGUUCCAAAGCAACCAAAGAGCUCAAUUUGGAUAAAGACAACUUACCUGUUGAAAGAGCUCUUGGAUUGCACUGGUGUGCAGAAACAGACAUGUUCAUGUUCAAGAUUGCACGGGAAAAUCGUCCAUGUACCCGCCGUGGAAUCUUGUCAGUGGUUAAUUCUAUCUAUGACCCUCUUGGUUUCUUGUCACCAUUCACACUGCCUCCUAAGCUGAUGCUACAAGAGCUGUGCAAAAGAAAAAUUGGUUGGGAUGACACAAUACCACAAACCUUUCUGCAGAAGUGGACACAGUGGCUGACAAAUCUGCAUAAAUUGUCACUGUUAAAGGUGGAACGGUGUAUCAAGCCGAAGAACUUUGGAAAGGUAAGCAAUGCACAGCUGCAUCACUUCUCAGAUGCUAGUGAGUGUGGAUACGGCGCUGUUUCUUAUCUGAGAUUGAAAGGCAUCUCUGAUGAAGUUAACAUUGCUUUCAUGGUUGGAAAGUCCAGAGUCGCCCCCAUGAAACAAACCACAAUACCAAGGCUUGAACUCACAGCUGCUGUAUUAGCUGUCAGACUAGACAAGAUGAUUACAAAGGAGCUUCAACUGGAAUUGGACCAGUCAGUGUUCUGGACCGACAGCACGACGGUGCUUAAUUACAUUUCAAGUGAAACAAAGAGAUUCCACACAUUUGUAGCGAACAGAGUGGCUGUCAUAAGAGAAGCUACAGAGGUGGCCCAGUGGAGGUACAUAGGCUCUAAACAGAACCCCGCUGAUGAGGCUUCAAGAGGACUGUCAGCUGAUGAUUUUCUGAAAUGUGAACGUUGGCUCAAAGGACCAGAGUUUCUGCUGACUGAGGAAAGGACCUGGCCAAAACAGGAGGUAAACAAACCUGCCGUCAGCUUGGAUGACCCCGAGGUCAAACAAGACCUCACAGUUAAUGCUUGUGUUGUUGAUGAUGCAUCCAAUACUAUGAACAAGCUUCUAACCUAUUUUUCAGACUGGGAAAAACUCAAAACUUCAGUCGCCUGGUUUUUGAAGUUUAAAGACCUACUUCAACAGCUAAGGAAAAAAGGUAAAACAUGCAACAAAGGACAUCAACACAAAGCAAAGAUAAAUGUUCAACCAUUGACACGGGAUGACUUACAUAAUGCAGAACUGGAAAUUGCACGCCUCUGCCAACAGCAAAGAUUUCACAGGGAAAUCUCCCUCUUGGAGAAAGGAGCAUCAUCUGUGCCAACCAACAGUGACAUCUACAGGUUGGAUCCCACACUCCAAGAUGGGCUGUUGAGAGUAGGAGGCCGCCUGAGAAAAGCAUCCAUGCCUGAAACAGUAAAACAUCCAAUAAUUCUGUCUAAAGAUCAAUACAUAUCCAAACUUAUCUUACAACAUAUUCACAAGCAAGUGGGUCACGCUGGACGUAAUCAUAUGAUAUCUACACUUCGAAAAACCUACUGGAUAACAAAUGCAAACUCAGCCUGCAGGAAAAUCAUUGCUGAUUGUGUUACCUGUCGUCGUCUUCAAGGGAGAGUUGGAGAACAGAAAAUGUCUGACCUUCCAGCUGAAAGACUCCUGCCAGACUUGCCACCGUUUACUAAUACAGGCGUGGAUUAUUUCGGCCCUAUUGACAUCAAAAGAGGUCGCAGCAUGGUCAAAAGGUAUGGCGUAAUCUUCACAUGCAUGACCAGCCGGGCAGUACACCUUGAAGCAGCCCACUCACUGACAACAGAUUCAUGCAUAAAUGCCAUCCGACGGUUCAUGUGUCGACGUGGGCAAAUCUCCAACCUCAGGUCAGACAACGGCACCAAUUUUGUUGGAGCUGAAAGAGAGCUAAGGGAAGCUCUUAGAGCCCUGGAUCACAACAAAAUUCAAAGUGCUUUGGCAAAAAGAGGAAUAGCAUGGACAUUCAACCCUCCUGCUGGAUCUCACUACGGCGGAACAUGGGAGCGGAUCAUUCGCCUCAUAAGAAAGGUGCUGUAUUCCAUUGUCAAACAGCAAACCAUGGAUGAUGAGAGCUUUUGCACUAUUCUUUGUGAAAUUGAAGCCAUUCUCAACAGUCGCCCAAUAACCAAACUAUCCGAUGACCCUAAUGACCUGGAAACACUAACACCCAACCACAUUCUUCUGUUGAAGGCCAAACCCCUUCUUCCUCCUGGACUUUUUGAUGAUAGUGAUAUAUACAUCAAACGAAGAUGGAGACAGGUACAGUAUCUGUCAGAUUUAUUUUGGAAGCGGUGGGUAAGGGAGUAUCUUCCACUGCUCCAAGAAAGACAAAAGUGGACAAAGCCACGAAGGAAUUUUUCUGUGGACGACAUUGUUGUUAUCAUGGACCCUUCUGCUCCAAGAAGUUCAUGGCUGAUGGGUAAAGUGACCAAAACCUUUCCAGACAGGAGAGGUGUUGUCCGGUCAGUUCAGCUGAAGACCAAGACAGGCUUUCUGGAGAGGCCUGUCACCAAGCUCUGCAUGCUAUUGGAGACAUAA